AUUAUGUACAAGUUCGUCGUCGGCGAGAAGGACGACCCGGUGCGAACCACCUUCAACCCGCAGCACAUACGCCAAAUGGCACGAUCGCUCGCCACAGCGGCCCUUUUGGCCGCUAUGUCGCAGCCACCCGCCACCCCCAACAGACACGAUCAUCAAGAUGAUGACGACGGUGACCAUGACCCCGAUAACAAAUGCGACGUCAUGAACACUAAUUCCAAAUUAGGUCCCUUCAGGAGAGUUCCUUCGCGAGCUGAGCGAGCUGAGCAGUCAAAGUAAUCAAGAUGGUGGCCCGCCAUCGCCGCGACAUGCCGCUGUCGAGUCGCUGUCACGGCAACCACGCCGGCUCAUUGGAGGAUUAACUCGACCCUCCCAAUUAGACGGCGUGUACGUGUCGUGAUUAGUGCCGGCAGCCCUGGCAUGGAGGCGAGACCCGGUGAUGCCCCGCGGCUAACGCGAUGCGACUUUAGAACCGCCCGACCGUGGAGUGUCACCGGGUUGUGGGAUUAGCCGGAUUAGAUGCGCUAAAUGCAGCGUGAAAAGCUAUCAACGCUCGAGGCGGCGGCCAUAUUGCGCGCCCGUGAUGCGUCCCCGCGAAUAGACGGCGCCAUCUCCUGGACGGUGGUGCUACAGAAUAGUGGGUUUUCCCCGUUAGGAGCCGCCACCGUCCAGAGCGAAGGUGGUGAAGCCAGGUGAACGCGGUUGUGUCGGACGCGGUGGUUGGCGCGCGCGGCGCGUACGUGAGCAUGCGCCGCGGGCGUGGCAGCGCCUAUAAAAGCCGCUGCACAAGCAGAUUCGAGGAAUGCUCUCCUAACUCUAGACGCGACCGCCUGUGUAUCUGUAUCAGUGAAACAAUAGUGAAACCCAGUGCGAAUUAAACAACUAGUCAUGGUAUAUAUUUUUUCACUCUGCUCUUUGUCUAUGUCUUUUGGCUACGAGUACGACAUUACAAUAUUCAACUAUACCGUAACGUAAAACUCUGUGUUACACUACGUCGGCUCUUUCGUCGGGUCGGGCACGAACUCCGACCCCACGAUGUAUGAGUUUCAAGUCGGCGAGGACGACCCGGCGCACACUACGUUCGACCCCAAGCACAUACGCCAAAUGGCGCAAACGCUCGCCACAGCAGCCACCUUGGGCGCUAUGUCGCAGCCACCCACGCCCCCAACGGACAUAAGGAGGAUGGCGACCGCUGAAGUAUCAGCGUCAUCAACAUUAUAAAACAUGACCCCUCCAACAACAGUGAAGACGGGCGACAACCCGAAGAACGGCAGCCACCGGCGCCGUCGCCUCCGUUGCCGAUGGACGCCAGCGCCGCAUCUGCCUGCGCCUACGCCAUCAGCGCCAGCGCCGCAUCUGCCUGCGCCUAUGCCAUCAGCGCCAGCGCCGCAUCUGCCUGCGCCUACGCCAUCAGCGCCAGCGCCGCAUCUGCCUGCGCCUACGCCAUCAGCGCCAGCGCCGCAUCUGCCUGCGCCUAUGCCAUCAGCGCCAGCGCCGCAUCUGCCUGCAUCUGCGCCGCAUGCACCAGCGCUGUUUGUGCCUGUGAAGUCUGCGCCGCAGGGCGGGGAGAACACGUGCUCCCCGCCCCGCCGGAGGCCCGGUAUAUUGGCACGGCAAUGCUGCGCCACCCCUACCCGGAGCCCGAUUCUACUGACCCCUCUACGGACGACUACUCGUCCGAUAGUAACCCGUGGGACAGUGAUCGGCCAUGGCCGUUCCCAGAGAGGGAGUACGUCGGCUCCUUUGUCGGGUCGGGCACCACCGACGACCCAAUGAUGUAUGAGUUCCAGGUCGGCAAAGGGGACGACCCCGCGCACACCACCUUCAACCCAGAACACAUCCGCCAGAUGGCACAGACGCUGGCCGUAGCGGCUGUAAUGACUGCUAUGUCCCAGGCACCCCCCCCCCCAAUGGACAUGAGGAGGAAGGCGACCGCUGAGGCCAUAUGUAAUAUUUCACCUGUAAUAUUUCACCUGUAGUAGUUAUGUACGGUGUGGGAUCCAACCCAACACCAAUAGUCGGAUGAUUAUGUGCAAUUUCUUAGAUGUUGUCUUAUCGUGUGUAGAUUUAGUGCCUUAAGCCUUUAGAAAGUUUAUGCCUUCGCGAAGAGCGCGUGUAAUUUCUAGUCAUUAGUUGUAGCAGUAAUGCCAAUUAGGUCCCUUAAGGACAUAUAUAUAACCCUAGUACUAGUAGUAUGUAUUACUGUACCGUAUUGUUUAUUAUCAAACGCAUGCGCCGCGGGCGUGCCUGCGGCUAUAAAGGCCGAGACCAGGGGAGAAUCGAGGCGAGUCUCCUGACAACCAGGCACGACCGCGACCACAGCUUGUAACAUUGUAACAGUAUCAGUCGAAAACAACAGUUAACAUUAAACGGCGAGUCAUGGUAACUAA